UAUAUUUGUAAAGACAAUUAGAAAAACAAUAACGUAUGAAAACAGUUAAGGAGACGAUAAAUUGAAAGCUUAAGUUCUUAGUUUAGUAAGAUAGACGAUAGCUGUUUUGAACCAAACAGAAAAAAAAAGAGAGUAAAACCUCGGUAGGCGACGAUGCCCACGUGUCUGCUCCUCACCGUCUGGUUCCUUUUGUGUAUCCCCGGUUCACUUCACAUGGUUGGAGCUCAAAAUCAAAUCGGAGCCACUACUCAUCCCGACGACGAGAAAGCUUUGAACUCCAUCUUCGCGGCUUGGAAGAUCCGGGCGUCAAGGGCAUGGAACACGAGCGGUGAAUUGUGCUCCGGGGCAGCCAUCGAUGACAACAUCUUCAUCGACGACAAAGCCUACAACCCUUUUAUCAAAUGUGACUGCACAUUCAACAGCUCCACAUUCUGCCGCAUCACGGCCCUCAAGGUUUAUGCGUUAGAUGUUGUAGGACCUAUACCUCCACAGCUCUGGACUUUGAUAUACCUCAGCAAUCUGAACCUAGCUCAAAAUUAUCUUACGGGCUCCAUUUCUCCUGCUAUUGGAAAUUUGACUCGAAUGGAAUGGCUCAAUCUUGUUGCUAACAACUUCACCUUGAAUGGUCUUGACAAGAGGGUUUUCGCAAGACUGAAGUGUCUGCAGAAGAACUUUCCCUGCAACCGAGGCAAAGGAAUCUUCAGUAGCGUAGGAAUUUAUUACGGGAGUAGCAAUAUUGUACGGAUUAACAACACUUUGGAUUCAGAGCUUUUUCAGUCAGCAAGACAUUCUUCAUCUUCCCUUAGGUAUUAUGGGUUGGGGCUCGGAAAUGGAGGCUACACCGUAACACUUCAGUUUGCUGAAAUAGUCAACAUUGGCCUUUACUCUUGGAAAGGUUUAGGAACAAGACGUUUUGACAUUUAUGUCCAGGGAAGACUUGUUGAAAAGGAUUUUGAUAUAAGCAGAACAUCCGGUGACACUACUCUCCGAGCAGUUAACAUGGAAUAUAAAACAAAUGUAUCAGAAAUUUAUCUUGAAAUUCAUCUUUUCUGGGCUGGCAAAGGAUCACUUAAUGUUCCUAUUAUGGGUAAUUAUGGACCACUUAUAUCGGCCGUCAGUGCAAAACAAGAUUUUACACCAACUGUGGACAACAAGCCACCGUCGACAAAGCAAAACACUAGAACUGACUUUACACCAACUGUGGACAGCAGGCCACCAUCAAAGCAAAAUAAUAGGACUGGUACUGUUGCGGGUGUUAUUGUUGGCCUCGGACUUUUAGGCCUCUUCGCUGGUGCGGUUAUCUUUAUCAUCCGAAAAAGCAGUAAGGCUUACACAGAUGAUGAAGAGCUUCUAAAUAUGGACGUAAAGCCUUACACUUUUACUUACUCUGAGCUUAAAAGCGCCACUCAAGAUUUUGAUCCUGCAAACAAGCUUGGAGAGGGAGGCUUUGGGUCUGUUUAUAAGGGAACCCUGAAUGAUGGAAGAGAAAUCGCGGUGAAAGUGUCGUCUGUUGGAUCCCGACAAGGGAAGGGACAAUUUGUUGCAGAAAUCAUAGCAAUUUCUGCCGUUAUGCACCGCAACCUAGUAAAACUUUACGGGUGCUGCUUUGAAAGACAUCAUCGUUUGCUGGUAUAUGAGUAUCUACCAAAUGGAAGCCUCGAUUACGCACUAUUUGGAGGUGAUAAGACUUUACAUCUUGAUUGGUCAACACGUUUUGAGAUAUGCAUGGGAGUAGCCAGAGGUUUAGCCUACCUCCACGAGGAGGCGAGUGUUCGCAUAGUACACAGAGAUGUGAAGGCCGGCAACAUUUUGCUUGACUUUAAUCUUCUCCCAAAAGUUUCUGAUUUUGGGCUUGCAAGGCUAUACGAUGACAAGAAAACCCACAUAAGUACCCGAGUGGCAGGGACCAUGUAA